AUGUCCUCCUCAUCUAUAUACUCGCCUCCUGGAUUCGACUUUUCAAAUCAACUUCGGAAUAAUUUUAUGUUACAGAAAGGCCUUCCCCUCCCAAAAGCGACCAGCACUGGAACGACCAUUGUAGGAUGUUUAUUCAAGGACGGCAUUGUUUUGGGUGCAGAUACGCGGGCGACAGAGGGUCCGAUCGUAGCAGACAAGAACUGUGAAAAGAUUCACUACAUCACGGAGUCCAUUCGAUGCUGCGGUGCAGGAACGGCAGCAGAUACAGAAUUCACCACUGCUCUAAUAUCUUCAAACAUGGAGAUGCACGCCCUACAAACUGGACGCAAGCCUCGCGUUGUGACUGCCAUGACCAUGUUGAAGCAGAUGCUUUUUAGAUAUCAAGGGCAAGUUGGAGCCGCACUGGUCUUGGGCGGCGUUGAUGCCACCGGUGCUCACCUCUUUACAAUCCAUCCUCAUGGCUCAACGGACAAGCUUCCAUAUGUUACUAUGGGUUCUGGAAGUUUGGCUGCGAUGGCUGUUUUUGAAAGCGGCUGGAAGCCAAAUAUGGAGCGAGAAGAUGCUCUCAACCUUGUCAAACUUGCCAUCGCUGCAGGAAUUUUCAAUGAUCUUGGAUCAGGUUCCAACAUCGACGCUUGCAUCAUAACCGCCAACAACACUGAGAUGCUUCGAAACGUAGAAAUGCCCAACGUCCGGGUACAGAAGGAGCGCGAUUACAAGUUCAGAAGAGGUACAACGGCGUGGAAGAAAGAGGAUGUGAGGAAGUUGAUUGUCGAGGAGCAGACCCUUUUAAUCGGCGGCGAUGAGAUGGAUACCUCAUAAUUCAUGCGCUAUGUGGGGGGAGGCAAGGGCUCUAAAUAAACGAAAUUACAACAUGGAAUUUGAUCGUUUCUUCUCAUAUGUCAUCAUCCUCAGAUUCCUUGUUCUACACGCUUUCUAAUCACGUACAACGCCGCA